GUGGUUUACGUAAAGACUUGUCAGAACACAUAUAGGAACCUAGCUCGCGUGCGAAAUUGAGCGUGUAUCUCAAGCAGCAGUCUCGGAGUACGCUCAAAUAUGGCAACGUGCUUGCUUCGCGGGGGCCUACCUCCGUGUCGACAGCUGCCCUUGCCAGCAUGUCCGACCUCCGUUGUCGCUUCAAGGCGCGUUGCUCGCACAGUCCAAAACAGUCGGCGGGCGAUGUCAAGGCGCGAUAUGCGCGUGCGCUCUAGCUCCGGCGCCCUGUCAGGGAGCAGCAACUUGCCCUGGCCGUCAAGCUCGGCGGCGGUGCGGGAGGAAGGACUGUUGGAGGACGAGGAGGAGGACGAAGGCGACGAUGAUGUUCUGCGGGAGGACGAGGAGGACGACACGCCGGCGCCGCCACUGCCGCCCCAGUUCCAGGCCAUCAUGCACGACAUGCUCACGCACGUCGCGGAGGCGCGUGGGGCGGAGCCGGAGGCGGCGGCGGUGGAGGUGGAGGUGGAGGCGGUGGAGGCUGUGGAGGCCGCUGCAGCCGCCGCCUCUCGAGGGGCACAAGACGUGGAAAGAAGCAGCAGUAGCAUCAGUAACGGCAAUGGCGCGGUUGCAGCAGCGCCAGCGGCCGCCAUCCCCGCUCCCGCACGGUCCUCCUCGCCCCUGCCAUCCCCCUUCGCGUCCGCCUCCCCCUCUCCUCCUUCCAGCUCCGCGGCCGCUGCCGCGGAGGGGCCCUCCUUCACCCACUCGCCCCACGGCCGCCGCUACGGCCGCACGCCCGGCCUCUACGAGCCCACCGCCUUCUGCGUCAACUGCUGCCGCCCGCUGCCCGCCGCCGGCGCCACCUGCGGCGGCUGCGGCCACCCCCCCAGCCGCGACGCCGAGGUCCUAGGCGACCCACGGGCCUGGGCGCAGGCCUACGAGGCGCAGCUGCUGCGGCAGCAGCUGCAGCAGGCGCGCGAGCGGGCGCAGGCGGCCAGCGGCAGCGCCGGUAGCAGCAGCAGCAGCAGCGGUGCUGGCAGCGGCGGUAGCAGUGGCGGUAGCAGUGGCGUGAUGCUGGCGGCGGACGCACGGAUGCUGCUGCACAGGUCGGCGCUGCCGCCGCACCCGUCCCGCCCCGAGCGGCUGCAGGCCAUCAUGUCGCGCCUGCACUCCCGCGGCCUGCUGCCGCGCUGCGCCCUGCACGCCUGCCGCGCCGCCACGGAUGCCGAGCUGCUGCGCGUGCACACGCCCGAGCUGGUGGCGGCGGUGCGCGGCCUGGGCAAGGCGGCGGCCGGCAGCGGCAGCAGCAGCAGCAGCCAGCUCGCAGCAAGCGGGGGGCACGGGACGGAGGAGCAGGCGGCUGCGGCGGUGGGGCCGACGUCGCCGCUGCCGUGGACGUAUCCGCCGGCGUCGCCGCUGUCGGCGGACACGCUGUACAACGCGCACACGGCGACGGCGGCGCUGCUGGCGGCGGGCGCGGCGGCGGACCUGGGGACGGCGCUGGCGAGCGGGCGUGUGGGGCGCGGCAUGGCGCUGGUGCGGCCGCCGGGCGCGCAGGCGGGCCGGGGCCAGGCGCGCGCGGGCUGCUACCUGAACAACACGGCGGUGGCGGCGGCGGCGGCGCUGGCGGCGGGGGCGCCGCGCGUGCUGAUCCUGGACUGGGACGUGGCGCACUGCCAGGGCACGGCGGAGAUAUUCGCGGGCGACCCGCGCGUCAUGGUGGUCAGCAUGCACCGCUUCGACAGCGAGACCUUCCCCGGCACCGGCGCCGUGGACGACACGGGCACCGGCGAGGCGGCGGGCACCAGCCUCAACAUCACGUGGGGCGCCAGCGGCGUCACCGACGGCGACCUGCUGAGCGCCGCGCUGCACGUGGUGCUGCCGGUGGCGCAGCAGUGGCGGCCGGCGGUGGUGCUGGCGGCGGCGGGCUUCGGCGCGCUCCAGGGCGACACCGUGGGCGGCUGUCUGUGCACGCCCGCCGUGUUCGGCCAGCUGACGCACCUGCUGCUGGGCACCGGCGCGCCGCUGGGGCUGGUGCUGGAGGGCGGCACCAACCUGGCCGCCACGGCGGAGGGCGUGGAGGCCUGCCUGCGGGUGCUGCUGGGGGAGUCGCCGCAGCCGCUGCCGGGCCCGUGGGCCGCCACCAGCGCGGGCUGGGUGGGCAUCAUGAACGCCAUGCAGAUCCACUCCCAGUUCUACUCGGCGCUACACCCGCUCUCCUACAACGGCUGGAUGUCGGCCAUCGCCAACCAGCAGCGCCAGCAGCAGCGCGAGCGGCAGCAGAUGGCCAUGCAGGCGGCGGAGGCGGAGGAGGCCGACGCGGCGGCGCGCUACGGCCUCAGCCCGCGCAGCGGCUCCUUUGGCGCCCUGGCGGGCGCCGGCGGCGGCUGGGCGGGCCUGGAUGACGAGGACGAUGGCGACGACGACGAUGACGGCGACUCGGCGCUGGGCGGCUUUGAGGGCGUGGGCGGCCGGGCUGGCGAGAUGGAUGCGUUGGCAGCGGUGGCGGAUGCGCUGCGGCGGAACCGCCGGCGCUCGUUCGACGGCGUGGAUGACGGCGUGGGUGCGCUUGGUGGCAGCAGCGGCGGUGACAUGGGGCUAGGGGUGCCGGGCGGCAUGGAGGACCUGGAGGACGUGGAGGCGGAGGAGGAGGAGGCCGGGCCCGUGGGCGACAUCAGUCCCGCGGAGCUACUCGAUGCCUUCCUGGGCACCGGCAGUAGCAGCAGCAGCAGCAGGAGCGGCAGUAGCAGCGGGGCUGCCAGCGGCAGCAACAACGCCGCGUGGGGCAAGCCUUGGGACGACCUUGGAGGGGAGGAUGACGGCGAGGGUGGCGGCCAGCCGUCUACAUCGCAGCAGCGCUGGGGCGUGUGAGCUCGCGAGCGUGCGGAGACGUUUCUUUUGAGCAACGGGCGGUGUGUAGGUGGCGAAUGCGUGCGGGGCCACGUUGUCAGCGCGCCAAUGUGUGCCAAUAAAGAAAGAAAGCGACUGGGACGAAACAGUAUUCGGGGGUGCCAAUGCACGUGUCCUGGGAGCAUCUUGUCUGACAAGCGCUCGUCCAUCACCGCAAGGAUGACUGCGCGCGUGCGUACGCAGACUCGUGUUCGCAGCUAUGCAUCGUGCUUUAACGGUGCUAGCAGAAGCGUUGCAAUCGCCUGUUUGCGCAAUG